AUGGGGAAAGGAAAUUUAAUGCCAAUGAACAACAUGUGGUUUAUGCCGAUAAAUUCGAUCUCUCGGCUGACAAUGAGAAACUUAGAGCACAUUUGCAAGGUGGAAGGUCAUGGAAUUAGAGAAGCUAUGCAAGAAAAUGCAAAAUCAAAUGGCAAAGUUUACAAAAUCAAGAGCAUCAAGCCAAAUAACAACAAGAGAGUCUGA